AGCCACUUCGGUGGAUGCAGAGCUGGAGGAGAGGCGCACACAGCAAGCUCGUCUCUUCAGGCAAGCUGGCUUCAACUUUUAGAGGGCUUUCUAAAAUUUGGAAGGAAAACUGCUAAAUGGAGAAGAAUCUCGCUCCUCCCCCUGGACUCUGCAUCUGAAGCUGGGAAUUUUUUUCCUCUUGGAGAAGAGGAGCUGCCCCAGCUGAAGCUGCUCACUUGAGCUGAGCCAUCUGGGAGGUGUAGCUGCUCUCCUGACAGCAGUGAUCCCCUGCAGCCCGUCGUGCCAGCGGGUGUCGCCUGAGGCUGGACCCGGCAGCUUUAUCUGCUGUUCUGUGACUUGCACAGUCAGGCCUUCAAGGUACUUUCCAGAGCUGGAGCGGGGCUGAGCUGUGUCCUGAAACCUGUGUUGAUGGCUGCUGGCUGCCUUGCCAGCUGAUCGGGGAAGGCAAUACUGACUAGCGUACAUCUCGACAAGGUCUCCAAGCAACAUUUCCUGUGGGGCUGAAUGACAGCAGAAGCAGCUGGGCAAAUUGAUGAGCUUGCUUUGGGAGCCUACAAGUAGGCAAAACCAGAAGGCACCAUGGGUCAGAAGGUCACAGGUGGGAUAAAGACCGUGGAUAUGAGAGACCCGGUAUACAGGCCUUUGAAACAGGAGCUGCAGGGACUUGACUACAGCAAACCCACACGCCUGGACUUGCUACUGGACAUGCCUCCGGUGUCGUACGAAGUCCAGUUACUGCAUUCAUGGAACAACGACGAUCGCUCGCUGAAUGUAUUUGUGAAGGAGGAUGACAAACUGAUAUUUCACCGGCAUCCGGUGGCUCAGAGUACAGACGCUAUCAGAGGCAAAGUAGGAUACACGCGAGGACUGCACGUGUGGCAGAUCACGUGGGCGAUGCGGCAGCGAGGGACACACGCUGUGGUAGGGGUGGCAACAGCAGAUGCCCCUCUGCACUCUGUAGGGUACACCACGCUUGUAGGAAACAACCACGAGUCGUGGGGAUGGGACCUGGGGCGCAACAGACUGUACCACGAUGGCAAGAACCAGCCAAGUAAAACCUACCCUGCCUUCCUAGAACCAGAUGAAACUUUCAUUGUGCCGGAUUCUUUCCUGGUGGUUCUGGACAUGGACGAUGGGACGCUGAGCUUCAUUGUGGAUGGGCAGUACAUGGGUGUUGCCUUUCGGGGACUCAAAGGGAAAAAGCUGUACCCCGUGGUGAGCGCAGUGUGGGGACACUGUGAAAUUCGGAUGCGCUACUUGAAUGGACUCGACCCUGAACCACUGCCUCUGAUGGACUUGUGUCGGCGAGCUGUGAGGCUUGCUCUGGGCAAGGAAAGACUGAAUGAGAUCCCUACGCUGCCACUGCCAGCCUCCCUCAAGAGUUAUCUGCUCUACCAAUGACCUUCAUGUUCCGGGAUUGAGAGUUGGAACCAAGGCAAAAUAUCUGGAGCUGAUCCACUGGGAGAUGGGUUUGCCACCCUUGUGUCAUCGCUACUGUUGGAACUCCUUGGCCAAAGUACUUCCGUCACUGAUACAGCCUCCAUGUGCCCUUACUGGCAAGCUCUCAAGUAGUCCUUGUUUCAGAACUGAGUGUUUUUGUUCUUUGGAAGUCACUUCCCCUGCACACUUUAAGAAAAAAAAAAAAAAAGGAACACUUAUAGAAGCUCUGUUCCUCUCUGCUUCUCCUGAUAAAAGGCUGUCCUGCAUCCUUUGGGUUGUAGAGCCUGGGAGUGAGCCCUCCUGUACCAGCUGAAGGGAAGAACCUAGCUUAGGGGAAGGGAAGGCACUAGGAGUGGACAUCUUAAGACCAGGUGCUAAGAAUGGAAAGGCAUGGGGUGGCCAGCAGAGUUGGGAAGAGUCUGGAAUACCAAGAGGAAUUCAUUGCUGAGUUUAAAACCAAAAAAACCCAAACCCUGAAACACCAAAACCAAGAACCCUUCCACCAGGACACUUGAAUUGGAGGAGGUGGUUAUGUUGCUGAUAUCUGUCUCUCUGCUAGGACUCCUUACCGUGUUCCAUAGACAGUAAACCUUGCUUUCUUGUUUAUCACCAUCACUCUCAGUUCUCCUGUCCCAUUCUGUCCUGCCUCCUCUUAGUGGGUUGACUGAGCAGUCACCCCAUGUCUUCAUCUGCCCUCUUCCUCUUGACUUAAAACUGCAGGUUUUAGUCUGGGACUGAAGGGUUUCUUGCUGAUGUAGGGACAGGGAAGGGACAAACUUCUGCAAUAAAGUCCCUGGUGAGACAGGCUGGAUGUCCUCAGACUUGUUACGCAGCUGUAGGUCCUACCAUCUUAGGUCUGCUUUCUGUAUAGCCUGUUCCACAUUAAGGUUUUAGAGAAACAUAGUAAUUCUCUAAGGGCUCUUCCAGGGAAUUAUCUUCUUGAAUAAGCUGCUUAGUCACCCAAACCAGUCGUUGUUCUGCCACAGGCCAUCAGCAUAAUCUUCGUUUAGCUAUGCAGCUGAAUAGUUGUCUGUUGCUUGGGGGGUAGGAAGUUGUCCCAGGGAAGGUGGUGGCAGUGUAGCUGCAGAAGUGCCAUAAGCAGACCAGAAAUCCAGAAGGUGGUUGCUGCAGAAUGUAACUUGAGAGACUUUACCAGAGCCCAACGGGGUGAUCUUCAAGCACAGCAAGAAAAUGAACCUCUCCAGAGCUGGGGGUUGGCAGGGGAGAACUGCAAUAAACAGGACAAGCAAUUCAGGCAAAAUCAGCACAUCCCAAAUAGAUUCUUGCCUCAGUAGCCAAGUAAAGAGGAUGACACUCCUUUACUAGCAGGAGCUGCUCUCUUGACCUCUCCACAGGUUACUAUGCUGCCUUUCUGGGGUUAUUUUGCACAUUUCUUUGUCUUGAAAAAAAUGUUUGUGUGGUUGUUUUUUUUUUUUUUUUUUUUUUUGCUCUUGAGUUAUUCCUUCAGUUCUGUGUAGGUACAAAUGAGUUUAGUUGUUGAAAAUGUUAAUAUAUAUAUUUGUGGUGUAUGUAUAAGAACAUGUUUUAAACAGCUGCUGUAGGGUACCUUUUUAAAAAUAAACUACUUACAUAGUAUAUUUUUUAAAGCACAGAAUUGGUGCCAAGACUGGGUGGGGUAUGAUGUGCCCCUUUCUUUUUUAAUCUAAUAUUGUAUGAUUUUUUUAACAUAGAGGUUUGUACUAGUUUCUGUUACAGGGUGGGACACAAAUUGCACAAAAAAAAUAGUGUGUAUGGAGCCCUACUUGGUUGCCUUUGACUUGAACCAGUGUCUUCCACAACUCCAGGGAAGCCUGUGUUCUCCUCACUUCUAACGCUCUCCAUGCUCCCUUGUCUCCAUCUCUUCUCACUUCCCCAGUACAUUUUGUACAGUUUUAAACUCUCACUUCCUAUUUUAUGGCUGUAGAUAAUACUUGGUAACCUAAUAAACUUUAUUAAAUAUUGCUU